AGAUUAAACAUCAUUAAAUCAGUUUCUUUUAAGAACUGAAUAUUAGAACAACAAUGAAAUUUUUACUUUUCAUAAAUAUAAUUUGCGUUCUAGUGGUAGCAAAUCGGGCAGCGAUGGCAAGAGGUAUUUUCAAGGAUCCAGAACAUCCCGGAAAAUGUGUGGUUGAAGGUUUAAUAUUAUCGCCAGGUGAAACAGCUAAAUACCCGCAUGGAUGCGCAAUAAUGACUUGCUAUGACGAUGGUUUGGUCAUAUUUUAUGGUUGUGGAUCGAUGCAACCUCCACCAGGUUAUGUUAUGGGAGGACUUAGUAAUCCUUCAGCCCCUUAUCCAAAAUGUUGCAGAAGACCAUUAAUUCUAAUUAUAUAAAAAAAUUAUACUUUGCAAUGAAGAAAAUUACUUCCAAACUAAACUGAAACCAUAUAUAUCUUAACAAAUGAUUGCUUUUAUUUAAAUUUGCUUAAGGCAAGCAUAUUUAGACGCAUGUGAAAAAUAUUUUGCAGUUUUUAUUUUUAUAUCGCUAAAAUCCUGUUCGUACUCUAAUAAAAACCAAAUAAUUGCUUUAUUUACGUCAUAAUAUGUUAAAAAACAAAAAAAAAUAUUUUAUUCAAAAUGUGGUUUCACUUAUUAUUUAAAAUUAUUCAACAAUAAUUUUUAACACAACUAGCCUGUGUGAACAAAAAUUUUGUUAUUAAAUAAUUUUAAUUAAAGAAAUAUAAAUUCAUUUACAAACCGGCUUAAUAAAGAACUAGAAAUGUUAAAAAA